GCCCAGCGCAGCCAGGCCAACCGGCUUCCAAAGCAGGAGGAGCCCUGGCGGGCAGCCGCCGCCGCCGCCGGCCGCGUCGCCGAUGUACGACAGGGCCUGACGCCGCUGGAGGACCUCAUAGGUCCUAAGGCCCAGGAACGGCUGCUGCACUUGCAACAGCUCGCCGACGGCAAUGAGGACGACAAGGAAGUGUACGGCAUGUACGACGACAAGGCUGCGGAGGCGGCAACGGCGGACUGGGAGGCUUGGAGGGCCUCCCGGGCCGCCGCGGCCGCGGCAGGAUGGGGCUUGGACACGGAGACCGUGGACGCGGGCACGGCUUUAAAUCCAAAUCCUGAUUUGGAUCCAGAUCCGACUGCAAGGGUUCCGAAUCUCGCGGAUCUCGGCGUGGACCUAGAGCAGUUGCGGGAGCAGGUGCUACGGCAGCUAGCAGAUCUUGAUCCAGACACGUUGGACGAGCUGCUGGUUGAUUCGCCGUACGGUGACGCCGCGGGCGACGCGGUUGCGCAAUGGCAGCAGGCGCAAGAGCAGGAGGUGCAGGGACCGCCGCGUACGGCGUCUUCGGCGGCGGCGUCGACGGCGGCAGGGCCAGGCUUGACAGUAGAUGACGUAGGACGGCUCGCAGAGCGGCAGCGGCGGCUGUGGCAGGAGGUGCAGGGAAGUCUGGAGUCAGCGGCGGCGGCGGAGGGGCAGCUUGUCGUACAGGCCGAGUCGUCGCUACUGCCGGAGGCGGCAGCGGCGGCACCGCCGCCGCCACUCCUCCAGGGGCACCGUCGGGAUCCGCCGCCGUCUCCAGACUCUUCCUCAGAGGCGUCCAGCCCGUUUUCGGAGCUGGACAACCUGCUGGGCCAGCUGGCGCCGCCAUCAGGGGGUGGUUCCGGAGCAGCCUCAGCCAGGGGAACUGCUGGAGGUGGUUUCGGAGCUGCUGUUCCUGCAUCAGCAGCAUCGGCACCGUUGUCUUCGUCGAGUAUCGGUCAUAGCCGACAGGUCACGAACUUUGGCGGUCCAGCGGGAUCUGGCGGCGCGGCGGCGUCGGCGGCUGCGACUGCCGCCAGUGGCGGUGGCGUUAGUGGCGGCGGCGGCGGCGGCGGCGGCCUUCUCCAGCAGGUACGAGAAGCUGCGCGCAGCGGCACGGCGCCGCAGGAAAUCCAGAGGAUGUUGGACGAGCGGUAUGGCGUUGCGUCGCCGCCACCGCCACCGCCAAAGCCUGAUGCACGCGCUACGCUGCCGCCGGCUUCGUCGCCAUCGACUGCAGCCGGUGCUGCUGAGGAGCCCGGCGGCGCAGUGUCGAAGAGGCGUCGCGGAAGUCUAUUUGCAGGUUUAAAGUCGGCGAAGGCUCCCGCGGCAGCGGGAGCGCCACCGCCGCCGCCAUUGCCGCCACAGGCGCCACCUGCGGCGGCGCGUGCACAGCGCCGCCGGCCGUACGGGCCGUCGCCGCCGCCGGAUCCUGACCCUGUGAUGAAGCCCCUCCUGGAGCUUCGACCCGACAUAGCGAGGGCGGUACAAGGUGAGAGGGAGCUGGGGUGCAUCUAA